GUCAAUAUGGGAGAGAGACGCUGUUAGAUAUGUCAUCAAGCUGAAAUGACAAUAGUUGAGUAUCUGCUUAAUUAACUGUGUUUGAAUUCAAUGAAUAGUGUUAUUGAAACAUUCGUGACAAGGAUUGUAUUUUCCUGCAUUUUAUGCAAUAAUUUUUGUCAAACAUGAUUGUUUAUAAACUGAAGGAGAUAACAUGACAGACCAUGAUUGAUGGGUGAUAACGCAUAUUAAAUCUGUCAAAUUGGAUAUAGCCUUUCCAUGGAAAUAAAGUGAUGCUUUAAACAAGUGCAAAAGCAGGUCUGUCAAUGGACGAAUAGUUCACAUUACCAGACAGAGAUGUAUUCACCUCUUUCUCAUGUGGAUGGGGCUAGAAACUGGACAACAGGUGACCUCAGUUUGGAGAAGGCUUCGACUCUCGUGGGCUCUAUGGUGUACCUGUGCAUUCUGAUGGUAGUUGGAAUGGUAGGCAACAUCUUCGUAUUGCUGAUAUUUUACUUUAGAUUCAGUCCAUCAACGCAUAGAUGUUUCAUAAUAACUCUUGCCAUCUAUGACUUUUUCGCUUGUGCGGUCGGUGCACCAUGGGCAAUCGCGGAGUCAUUCUUCGCAUUUAAUUAUCAUGACGUCGCCACCUGUAAAAUAUUCAGAUUUAUACUGUACUAUACAUGUAUAGCCUCGAGUUUGACGUUAGUUCUUAUUGCAAUUGAACGAAGUAGAAAGAUAUGUACGCCACUAAAGUCACAGUUCAGUAUCCCUAUGGCAAAGAAGGCGAUAUAUGUUGUGGUGCUAGUAAUUUCCACCAUCUCCGCCAGCCCAGCAUUAGUGCUUUAUGGGAACAAAACUAUUCCGACAGGAUAUAAAAAUGUCACUGGCACAAAGUGCUUUGUUACCGAUCAUUUUAGUGAAACAUUCUGGCCAAAAGUGUUCAACAUCUAUCUGCUAGCUCUUGCAUUUUUGUCAACGGCCAUUAUGGCAAUAUGUUAUAUUCGAAUAGCAAGAGCUGUAUCCAGAAUGGGUAUGGAUAAGAUAGCAAAGCGGAUGAAGGCCUCCGAAAAGUCCAAUGCAAAGUCAGUUGAUUCGGUUGCACGAAGCGAGGACGACGUAAACGAUUCCGACUCAACAUAUCAGCAAGAUGUCAACUCCUCCAGCACGGAGCAAAGUCACCGGAUGUCACGUGGUGAAUUGAGUGGUACGUCACGUGACAGUGCUAAAGUUGCAAUGAGUACUGGUACAAAACAAAGUAGAAGUAAAUUGCGGAACAGAUCCUCGAAGUGGGCCAGUAAAGUUUUGCGGCGUCUGUCGUCGACAUCUGGUCGGAAGACAUUACGUGUUACUAAAAUGUUAACAUUUGUUACUGUCGCAUUCGUUGUCAGCUAUUUACCUCACCUUAGCCUGCAGCUAUGGAGCAUGUUUACUUCAAAGGAGAAAGAAAAUACCUUACCAACAGACAAUUUCUACCAAGUUUUGUUUCAUUCAUUUCUAUUAAACAAUUUAGUUAAUCCUUUUAUCUAUGCUGCCAUGGAUUUGAAAUUCAAAAACGAGCUUAAAAAGCUUUUGACUUGUGGCUUCAACAUCGCUGCUAGGAGUAAUAAUGUUUGAUUCAAAUUCCUAUUUCAAAUAUUUUACUAAAAAACUACAAGUUCUUGCUUUGAUUGUAUUGUAAGUAUUUUAUUCUAUCUUUAUCUUAUUAAUUUUAUUUUCAGAUGUCCAAUGAAUGUUUCUAGAAACUAUUAUUGCAUUGAUGAGGGGAAGCUUAUCUUUAUAAAUAAAUUAUACUUGCUUUCCCAGGCUUACAGACAGAGUUAAUUAUAUGUGUAAAACAACAGAAAAGAGAACCAUGUUGUAAUUUCAGACGGUGGUAAAUGGAGGCCAAGUAUUAGGAAAGGAAUUAAAAAGAAAAUAAAUAAUCUAAAUUUCGUCAACAGAUGGCCACACGUGUUGGUCAAAAGUUUGUUAAAGUUUUUAUAUUUUGACAGCCACCUAAAAACAUGACGAUGGCUUUCAUUUAAGUAAACAGUAUGGUAUUAAUUUAUAUAAACGAGUACUUAUCAAUACCUUCACAUAAAGAUAUUACAAAUAAUUUCAAAAAUGUGGAAC